AUGCGUCAAAUCGCUGCAGCGGUUUUCGCAGCAGGCGCUCUCGCGUCCGUGAAUACAUCAUUGCCAGCCGUUGUCGAGUUUGAUCUGGUCUUUCCACGCGACAAUGAGACGUACUCGCUGAGUCCGAUAUUUCCACUCGUCUUUGGCAUACAAAAUCCCGAGCUGCUAUCCUUCAUGGGCGACGACGGCCCGCUUGUGGAUAUCAGGGUUCGUCGCAAAGACAACUACAACUACACCUUGUCUGCCUACCAUCCGAGAUUCACCUACACACAAGGGAGCAAUAACACCAAAGACCAAGGUCAAAACCACGUCUAUUAUGUCUACCUUGACAUGCGGCCUAGCCUAUUGUCAGAAGGCACUUGGGAAAUUGGCUGGGACGUGGCAUUUCCUCAUUGCUCCCGCGUUUUGACACUUCCUAACACGAUGAACUGGACUCUUGCCGGCAACUCUCAGACAAGAUUCCUCAGUUUUGCCAUUUCGGCCGACGGUAAAGCGCCAGAUAUUACGAGCCCAAAGGACUGGGAUGCCGAGUGUUUCGAGCCACAGACUCAGUAUCGCGCCAGUGCUGGCUUCAAUGUCACUGAUAUUCUAUCUCUUGAGGGCCAGUCGGGAAACCUUGGGCGAUUAUUUGAAGCAGGGAUGCACUCGUGCCUUGAGACUUCAGCUGACAAAUUGGAGCCUGAAAUCAAUCAUUGCGCCUCCAGGGUUGACUCUGACGCCGCCGAGAGCAUUUCUGCGGCUUUGUUGGCCACGGCUUGCUCAAAGACGGCGCCACUUGCGAGCUGUCCCUCAAAGAGUGCCGCGCAGAGGACUACUCUCUCUACCGCGGGCCUAUUUGCUGUAUUUAUCCUGGCUAUUUUUGCAUUUUCAUGA